GCUCUUGGCACCGGACCCCCUCCUGCCCCCCGGUCCCGCCUCCUCCCUUCUCCCUUCCACACGCACACCCACUUCCCCGCUCUUUCUUUCCAGAUCCCCGCCUCCCCACUCGGAGUGGGCUGGAUUGGGUCGGUGCCGGCCGGGUGGCGUCACGCUGUGAAGGAGACACCCACGUGCGGCAUGGAGGCGGGAGGCUGGGGCCGGGAGGUGGACGCUGGCAAAGCGAUAAGCCGGGGACCCCGGGUGGAGCCCAAGACCGCGCCUGGGCUGUGACGUGGGCUCCUCCGGCCGCACCGGUCCCGCGCCGCAGCCGACUUCGAGCCACAAGGCGCCGGGGGGAGUCUUCCUGCCAAGUCCCUUCUUCCCGCGGGGAUGCCGGACGUCGGCCCUGGUAACCCGGAGACCCCUCCGGCGGUGGGGAGCGCCGAACCCAGCGCUCUGAGCCGCCUGCCCCACUACCAGACCUACAAGCGGCGGUGGUUCUUCCUUGUGGUCGUCUCCUUGCUCAACUGCUCCAAUGCUAUGCUUUGGCUGAGUUUUGCCCCAGUGGCCGACAAAAUUGCUCACUACUUCCAACUGUCCAUUUCGGAGAUUAAUUGGCUGUCGCUUAUCUACCUGGUGAUGUCCAUCCCCUUUGGCAUAGUUGCUACGUGGAUCCUGGAUUGUUUUGGACUCAGGUUUUCAACGAUCCUGUGUGCUUGGUUGAAUACCAUUGGGAGUGCCAUCCGGAUUUUCCCCUGCCUAAAGAUUUUGAACAAUUACUAUUUCACGUUCUUUAUGGUUGGCCAGAGCUUCUGCGCCGUGGCCCAGGUCUUGGUCGUCUUCUCUCCAGCCAAACUUGCAGCCUUGUGGUUCCCAGAACAUCAGCGAGCUACGGCCAACAUGAUCGCCACCAUGUCAAACCCUCUGGGCGUCCUCCUGGCUAAUAUGGGGUCUCCUGCACUUGUGAAAAAAGAGGAAGAUAUUCCAUUAAUGCUUGGAUUCUACAUCAUCCCGGCUGGGAUUGCCUGCUUCCUCUCCAGUGCCUUCAUUUGGGAAAGUGUCCCUCCAACUCCUCCGUCUGCAGGAGCUGCCACGUCCACCUCAGAGCCUUUUUUUUCAGGGAUGUGGAUUCUCCUUCGGAACAAGGCGUAUGUCAUCCUGGCUCUGUGCUUUGGGGGUGGAAUUGGUGCCUUCUCAGCCUUCUCUGCCUUGCUGGAACAGAUCCUGUGUGUGAAAGGCUAUUCCAAUGAAUUUUCUGGCCUCUGUGGGGCCCUCUUCAUUGUGUUUGGGAUCAUCGGUGCUCUUGUCCUUGGCCUCUAUGUGGACAAGACCAAACAGUUCAUUGAAGCCACAAAGAUUGGUUUUUGUCUGACCACGUUAGCGGCCAUCGCUUUUGCUGUGGUGUCUCAGCUCCCGGACCAGAAGGUGUGGGUAGCUUUGGUCUGCUCUCUGUUUGGAUUCUUUGGUUUUUCCAUUUGCCCAAUUUCCUUUGAGUUAGCUGUUGAAUGCUCCUAUCCGGUGGGAGAAGCUACCUCCACGGGUUUGAUCUUUGUCAUAGGACAAAUCGAAGGUGUGAUCAUCAUGCUUCUGUUACAAGCCCUGACAAUACAGCGCAGUGGCCCCGGCCUGGGUCCCACCAUGUGCCAGCUGCAGACAGACACCAGUGUGGACUGGACAAACUCCAUGUUGUUCCUGGCCGCACUAUUCUGUAUCUUCAGCUGCAUCUUUGUUAUUUUUUUCCAUUCACCAUACAAGCGGCUUCAGGCAGAAGCUAACCCUACCUACAAGCUCCACGAGGCCGGAAGGGAUGAGGAAGAUGGAGCUUCGGUUCAGUGACCCAGAUAUACCACAGUCUGAACUUCCUACCAUUUCCCAACACGUGUCAAACUUCUGAUUUUAAAAUUUAUUUUUCAACAACAACUCAGAAGAAAGUUUUGACAGAAAACAUUUUCUGGAAACUUUUUUUGUUCUUUCUUUCCAUACCCUCUCAUAUUCUCUGACAAAGCAGAUGCUGAGCUGGAGAGGAAUUGCCAAGGAUGUGAUUCUUGAUCUCAAAGCAGCGAAUGGUCUCCAUACCAAAAGGCAUUGCGGAGACCCUCUAUGCCACGCACUUAGGGAAAGACCUCAAAUCAUCACUGAGAAUUGGGGGACAGACUUUUUAAAAAAACUAUUCGGAGAGACUUCACGCUGGAUAAUGGGGAGAGUUCAGUUCAAACACCUAGAAGAGAAUUUAUAACAAGUAGCAGGUAGAGAAUCCAUUCUGAGAACUGGAAAGACUCAUCACCUUUGGCAAAGGGGAAGGAUUUCUUCAUAUAGAAGACAGGGAAGAGAAAAGGGAGUGAGAAUGAAGAGGAAAAGAGAGAAUUCAUUUCAUGUACUAAGGAGAGUCUUCACCCAAGCCCUGAAAAAAUGUCAUUCCAGGAACUAGACAAAUUCGAAACAUGGGAGGAGCCCCAUGCUAGAGUUUGUGAAGGAAUGAAUUGUAGAUAGAAUGAGCCCAUUGCAGAAAUCUGGGACCAAGCUUUUACCUGACUGUGACAGACUGAAACAGCUCUGGUGAUAAGAUCUAUCAGGUUCAAGAUCUCAGCAUGGAAACACCCUUCACCACAUUCAUCCCGGUCUGGGGAAUAUAGUAAAACUCUCCCAAGUAAGGUCCUGUCCUGGAAGGUCCUAUGACCAGCUAGUAAACCAAGAAGUUGAAGGGUUUUUGACCAACCCUCAUUUGGUGACCACGAACCUCAGGUUUUAGGUAAAUCCCAGUAUGUGAGGGAUGUGUAUCAGACAUAGAGGGACGGGAACAAGCAUUUAUAAAGUGCCUAUUAAAUGCUAGCCACUGGGCUAGGUAUUUUCAAAUAUUUUCUCAUUUGAAAUCCUGCAAGGUAGGUACUAUUAUUAUCCUUAUUUUACAAUUAGGGAUACUGAGGCAGACAGAACAGAUUUGAACUUGGGUUUUCCUGACUUCAAGGCCAGAGCUCUGUCUACAAUGCUACCCAGCUGUCUUGUUAGGACUGGAUCACAAAGGUGUGUUCCAUCCCUUCUUAUGUGAUAGUAUGGCAAGAGUGGACAGUUAGGUGGUACCAUAGUGCACUGAGCGAUGGUCCUGGAGUUAUAAGGAUUCAUCUUCCUGAAUUCAAAUCUCACUUUAGACAACUGUGUGACCUUGGUCAAGUCACUUAAU